CGGAAGUUCCCGGACCUGGCAACAUGGCGGCUUCCACGUCCGGCCUCGGCGGUGGCGUCGUCCCUGGUCCCGAAGCCGGGGACUUCCUGGCCCGGUACCGCCUGGUGUCGAACAAGCUGAAGAAGCGGUUCCUGCGGAAGCCGAACGUUGCGGAAGCCGGGGAGCAGUUCGGUCAGUUGGGCCGCGAACUGCGCGCCCAGGAGUGCUUGCCUUACGCAGCCUGGUGCCAGCUGGCAGUGGCGCGGUGCCAGCAGGCGCUCUUCCACGGGCCUGGGGAGGCGCUGGCCCUCACGGAGGCCGCACGCCUCUUUCUGCGGCAGGAGUGCGACGCUCGUCAGCGCCUGGUCUGCCCCGCCGCCUAUGGCGAGCCGCUGCAGGCGGCUGCCAGCGCCUUGGGCGCCGCUGUGCGCCUGCACCUGGAGCUGGGGCAGCCGGCCGCCGCCGCCGCCCUGUGUCUGGAGCUGGCCGCCGCCUUGCGCGACUUGGGCCAGCCGGCCGCCGCCGCCGGCCACUUCCAGCGCGCCGCCCAGCUGCAGCUGCCCCUUCUGCCCCUGGCCGCUCUGCAGGCGCUGGGCGACGCCGCCUCCUGCCAGCUUCUGGCGCGCGACUACAAUGGCGCCCUGGCGCUCUUCACGCGCAUGCAGCUCCUAGCGCAGGAGCAUGGCAGCCAUCCCGUGCAGCAGCUCCCGCCUCCACCACCGCAGACCCUGCUGGCCCCGGCGCAGUCUCAGCCCCAGCCGCCGGGGCCCCAACCCGGACCUGGCGCGACCCCCUUGGUGCCCGCCGCACCGCUCCCCGCAAACCCUGGCUCUGCCUUGCCCUCUCCUGUCGCCCUGGGCGCCUUCUCGGAGGUGCUGGUGCGCUGCGAGGUGUCCCGUGUGCUGCUGCUGCUGCUCCUACAGCCACCUCCGGCCAAGCUUCUGCCCGAGCACGCCCAGACUCUGGAGAAGUACUCCUGGGAAGCUUUUGACAGCCACGGACAGGAGAGCAGCGGCCAGCUUCCUGAGGAGCUCUUUCUGCUGCUGCAGUCCUUGGUCAUGGCUACCCACGAAAAGGACAUAGAAGCCGUCAAGUCACUGCAGGUGGAGAUGUGGCCUCUGUUGACUGCUGAGCAGAACCACCUCCUUCACCUCGUUCUGCAAGAAACCAUCUUCCCCUCAGGACAGGGGGUCUAAUAAUCACUUUAACCAAAGACCUUUUUGCCUGGUAGUCGACCUCAUUCAUCCACCUUUGCAUUUAGGGGGAAAUAAAAGGCUUUGAUCCAGGUUCUGCAUCUCCUGUUACUCAUAUUGCCACCAUGGUGUGUGUCUUUCUUUGCCUAGGUUAUUUCACUUAACGUAAUGUCCCCAAGAUUCACCCAUAUUGCCACAAAUGACAGUUUCAUUUUUUAAAGGAUGGACGGUAUUUCAUUGUGUAUAUAUACUGCAAUUUGUUUAUCCAAUCAUCAGUUGAUGCAUAGUUAGUUGAUUCAAUUUCAUGGCAAUUGUAAAUAAUGCUUCAAUAAACUUGGUAAGACAGA